GCUCAGGAGGAGCAACAGGAGGACCAGGAUCAACAGGAGGAGCAGGAGCCGGCUCCAAAGAGACCUGCUCGAAGAGGACGGCCACCAAAGUCUGCAGCUGCAGAAGAUUCAGGUAAAAAGGAGCAUAAAGAAGAGGAAAAAGAGACUGAGCUGACCAAUGAAGACGAAGAGGAUGAGGAAGGAGAAGGAGAUGAGGAAGAAAUAGAAACUGCAACCAGAGCUACAACUCGGCAGGCGUCUCGUCUCGAGGCUGAACGAAAUAAGCCGAGUAAACCAUCCACCCGGGCGAGCCGGCAGAACGGUAAAGAGGAGACCGCAUCUGGCACACGUGGGACGAGGGUCCAGGCAGCAGCCAAGGGGGGCCGUAAACGGGAGGCCAGCCCUCCUGCUGUGCGAACGCGAGGAGGACAGAAAUCAGAGGAGCCCCCCUCCAAGAGAGCCAAACGCUGA